AUGCACAGGUCCACCAUGGACGCCGUCUACCACCACCACCACCAAGAGUCGCCGUUGACGGGCAACGUCGCCGCCACCGCCACCGCCGGUAAGAAGCUGGGCGUGGAGCGGUUCAAGUUGCCGCCGAUCUACAUCUCGCUGUCGCGGAAGGAGAAGGACGACAAUUUCCUUGCGAUGAAGGGCACCAAGCUACCCCAGUGGCCCAAGAAAAGGGCCAAGAACGUGGAGACCCUCCAAGUAUUAAACACCUGGCUUGAGAUCGAUUUGAUCCUCUAUUUCUAA